AGCAUUCCACGCUUUCGCCGUAGAACACAUUCGGGAAGCGGUUUCCGUGUUCUGUUUUCUCCUUUCAAAACACUUUUUGGAAACGCUUUUCGGAAACAUUUUCUUUUCCCUUUCUUCCUCUUCCAUUCAAUUCGCAGAGAUAAAAUGGAGAAAGCAUGGUGGAGUCUGGUUCGGGCUUCUGAGAAUAACUCGUAAUCUCAAGCAAUCAGAAUUGUGUUCCAAUAGGCAAUUGUUUCCAGCGAACGGGAGAUUGAAUCUUGACUUUGUCAAACAGGCUGCGUUGAUUUCUGGCUUUUGUCAGUGAAUAGUAUUUCUUCAUCAUCUUCAAAGAUGCCAUCCGCAAGUCUCAAUUCAUCUGAUCAUGACACUGAACCAUUUGUUGAGGUUGAUCCCACUGGUCGAUAUGGCCGGUACAGUGACCUGCUGGGUCAUGGUGCAGUGAAGAAGGUUUAUCGGGCAUUUGAUCAGGAGGAAGGCAUUGAGGUUGCUUGGAAUCAGGUCCAGUUGAGGAAUUUCAGUGAAGAUAAGUCAAUGGUUGACCGACUUCACUCAGAGGUUAAGCUGCUGAGCACAUUGAAGAAUGAGAGCAUAAUUGUGUUGUACAGUGUUUGGAAGGACAAUGAACAUAACACAUUGAACUUCAUCACUGAGGUAUGCACAUCGGGGAAUCUGAGGGAUUAUAGGAAGAGGCAUCGCCAUGUGUCCAUUAAGGCCUUGAAAAAAUGGUCAAGGCAAGUACUUAAGGGUCUGGAGUAUCUCCAUACUCACGAGCCUUGCAUCAUUCACCGAGAUCUCAACUGCAGUAACAUCUUUAUCAAUGGAAACAUCGGUCAGGUGAAAAUUGGUGAUCUGGGGUUGGCAGCCAUUGUGGGGAAGAACCACUUAGCACAUUCAGUAUUGGGAACACCAGAGUACAUGGCACCAGAGCUGUACGAGGAGGAUUACACUGAGAUGGUGGACAUCUACUCAUUUGGAAUGUGCUUGCUGGAGAUGGUCACAAUGGAGAUUCCUUACAGUGAGUGCGACAACAUUGCCAAGAUAUACAAAAAGGUGACAAGCGGAGUAGGGCCCUUAGCCAUGAACAAGGUGUCAGACCCAGAAGUGAAGUUCUUCAUUGAGAAAUGCAUAGCCCAGCCAAGGGCUAGACCUUCAGCCUCUGAGCUCCUCAAUGACCCUUUCUUCUCUGAACUCAACGAUGGAGAUGCUACCAUCAUUGAUGGACAAGCUAUCCAGUGAAGUAUCUCAACCUAAAAAGUUCCAAAAGGUAAUCCUUUCUCCAUCCUUCUUUCAAAUGGAAAUAUAUCCCAAAGAAAUUAAUGAAACCAAUCAUUUCUCCACCCCUCCUAAUAUCCCAUAUCCCAUGUAUCCAGUUCAGUUGUUGCAUAUCUGUAAUUGGUUUCUAACAAUAAUCAAUUCCACAAGUAGAAAUUAUCCAAAGUGAAUUCAAUGUAGACAGUAGAUAUUAUCACUUCACUUCAGUGAUCCUC